AAAAGCUCUUCAUGAGGGCAUUAGCGUCAGAUUGUCAGAUGGAUGGCCUUCGGCCGCUGCCGGGAAACUUGCCAGAAAACUCGAGCUUCGAUAGUUAUGAAGGUGGCCACGUGGCUCUUCCGACUGCUAAUUUUUCGCAGUCCUGUCCGCUUCGGCCAGGCAUGAUGGAUGAUGUUCAUGCAUUGGAUCUCUCGGCUUCAGCUGGAUUAGGAGGAGGGGUAAGCUUUUGCCAACCGUCGCUGGCUGGAAUGGCUUUGCUAGGAGGAGAGGAUGCGUCUUCCGGGCUCGACCAUCUACAAGAAUCGAUUCAAGGACCAUUUUACCUCCAUCAUAAAAUGCCAUCUCUGGUCAGCGGAGGAACAGAAGCGAGGAGAUGCAACAGCAGUUGGGAGCACAAAUCAUGUCAAGCAGCACCCGGAAACCCUCGGUUCCAGCAGCAGCGCUCUUCCUGCUCUCCGUUCAAGGUGAGGAAGGAGAAGCUGGGGGAUAGGAUUGCAGCACUGCAGCAGCUGGUGGCACCAUUCGGCAAGACUGACACGGCUUCAGUGCUCAUGGAGGCCAUCGGAUACAUUAAAUUCCUAUUGGACCAGGUCGAGAAGCUAAGUGUGCCGUACAUGAGGUCAUCCGGCAGCAAAAAAAGAUCAAGGACAACGCAAGAGGCAUCGAAUGAGGAGGCAAAGCGAGAUCUGAGGAGUCGAGGGCUUUGCCUGGUGCCCUUGGCCUGCACAUCAUACAUGACAACAACGGAGCAAGGAGUUUGGUCGGCAGCCACAUAUGGGGGAAGUGAUUGAGUGUGUGUACUCAUUCCAUGGGAAGAAGCUGCAGCACGAGGUUUCGAGCGAGUAAUUCCAGCUCUGGGGAGACAAAGAAACGAACGUUGCAUGUUCCACCACCACCUUUCUCAUGAGGUCAUCCAGUUUGGACUUGUAAUGGCGACAUAUAUGAUACGAGUCAAAGGAGCAAAUUAACUCGUUCAGCAUAUAAGAAAUAGCAGGGCGUGGGUGAUUUUUGUACAUCAAUCUACCAUCUGAAAGAAGUAAGUACAUGUA